AUGUCUUUGAUCCACAAAGACAUGUUGGCCUGGUACUUGCUCACCCUCGUCAUGCGUCAAAAACUCCAAACCCGGAACCAAGAACCCGUAGAGACACGAGAAGAAUGGGUGAUUUCGAUUAAAGAAAAGAUGGAGGAAGCACUUAAAGAAGAUGCCGCAACUAGUUGGGACAAGCUUUGUAUCUAUAGAGUUCCACAAUACCUUCAAGAAAACGACAACAAGUCCUAUGUUCCUCAGACUGUCUCGCUUGGCCCGUAUCACCAUGGCAGCGAACAUCUCCUCCCCAUGGACCGUCACAAGUGGCGUGCGGUCAAUAUGGUCAUGGCACGUACCAAGCAUAACAUCGAAAUGUAUAUUGACGCCAUGAAAGAGCUCGAGAAAAAGGCUCGCGCUUGUUACGAAGGGCUUAUUGGUUUGAGUAGCAAUAAGUUCACGGAAAUGUUGGUUCUUGAUGGUUGUUUUGUUCUCGAGCUGUUUAGAGGAGCUGAUGAAGGAUUCUCGGAACUUGGAUAUGAUCGUAACGAUCCUGUUUUCGCUAUGCGAGGAUCCAUGCAUUCAAUACAACGUGACAUGGUAAUGCUGGAAAAUCAACUUCCUUUGUUUGUUCUUAACCGGUUAUUAGAGCUACAGCUUGGUCCACGGAAGCAAACCGGUUUAGUGGCGCAAUUAGCAGUUCGGUUCUUUGACCCACUAAUGCCAACCGAUGAACCGUUGACCAGAAACGACCAGUCAAAUCUCGAUGAUUCGUUGGAUAAAGAUAAUUUCUUUAACCCAAUUGCCGACAAGGACAGGGACGAGUUGCACUGUCUAGAUGUUUUCCGUCGAAGUUUGUUACGGCCUAGUACUACGAAGCCAGAGCCGAGGUUGUCACGGAGGAGAUGGUCCUGGAAAACGCGUGUGGCAGAUAAGCGCCAGCAACAACUGAUACAUUGUGUGUCCGAACUGAGAGAGGCCGGUAUUAAAUUCAGGAGAAGGAAAACCGACCGGUUUUGGGAUAUUAGAUUCAAAAACGGUUACCUAGAGAUACCAAAACUACUUAUCCAUGAUGGUACCAGAUCUCUCUUCUCGAAUCUUAUAGCUUUCGAACAAUGCCAUAUCGACUCGAGCAACGACAUAACAUCCUACAUAAUAUUCAUGGAUAAUCUAAUAGAUUCUCCCCAGGAUGUUAGCUACUUGCACUAUUGUGGUAUCAUCGAGCACUGGCUAGGAACUGACUCUGAAGUUGCGGAUUUGUUUAACCGACUAUGUCAAGAAGUUGCUUUCGACCCCCAAAAUAGUUAUUUAUCUGAAUUGUCGAACAAGGUUGAUCGAAACUAUAGCCGAAAGUGGAAUGUUCUGAAGGCGAUCUUGAAACACAAGUACUUCAAUAAUCCUUGGGCGUAUUUCUCUUUUUCUGCUGCACUUGUCCUGCUAGUUCUUACGUUGUUUCAGAGUUUUUUUACUGCUUUUCCUUAUUUUAAGCCACCUUCUUAA